AUGCUCCGCGCUGCCGCCGCCGCUGCGGCUCGGCUGUGGUGCGAACACCGGCCGGAGGCUUCGGGGGUGAAACGGGAUUCACAAUCAAGCAUUUGACGUGGCAAAAAAAAAAAAAGCGACGAACGUGUCGGCGUAAAAAAAAUUAUAUAUAUAUAUAUACAUAUCAUUUUUUUUUCUUUAAAGGCGAAACGAGGGAUUUAUUCCUGUCUUUUUGGACGUGUGCGCGCGUCCGUGCGUGUGCGCUGGCGCGCGCGUGCGCGUGCCUGUGUCAAGCCUUGCUGGAGCUCAUCUACAGGAUAUCGAAAUGGGGCUUUUUCGGUUGUGCAGCGGAUGAACACAACAUCCACAACCAUCAUCAUCAUCAUCAUCUGGACUCUCUCGGACCUGUAUAUGACGACGGUGCGGGGACAGUAAUGACAGCACGCUUCCGGUUGCCUGCUGGCCGAAGCUCCGAUGAGGGAGAGUCUGAAGUGGUACGAGACAGACCGAGCUCACAGGUGGUGUGUAACGUUUUGCUGCUGGACAACACGGUGCAAGAAUUCAGAGUUAAUAAGCAGGAUCAGGGUCAGGUCUUACUGGCUGCAGUGUUUAAACAUCUGGAACUCACAGAGCAAGACUAUUUCGGACUGCAGGUCACCGAAGACUCCUCGGACAGCCAGAGGUGGCUGGAUCCCAGCAAACCCAUAAGGAAACAGCUGAAAAGAGUUAACAAUAUAAGUUUUCGGGUGAAGUUUUUCGUUAGUGAUCCGAGCAAACUUCAAGAGGAGUACACAAGGUACCUGUACUUUUUGCAGUUGAAGCAGGACAUCCAGAGUGGAAAGUUACCGUGUCCCCAGAAUGCAGCGGCAGUCUUGGCCUCUUAUGCAGUUCAGGGUGACCGAUUUGGGGACCACAGCCAAUCGGAGCAGUCGGCGGACUACCUUUCCGAGUACAGCUUCAUCCCGAAUCCGCCGGAGGAUUUCGAGAAGGAGGUCGCCAAACUGCACCAGCAGCACACUGGACUCACUCCUGCUCAGUCAGAGUUUAACUACUUGAAUUCUGCCAGUUCUUUAGAGCUGUAUGGAGUGGAACUGCACAAUGCUCGAGACCAGAGCAACGCUGAGGUCCACAUUGGAGUGAUGGCUGCUGGGAUCUGCGUUUAUAGAAACAGGGUACGGGUCAACCACUUCCCAUGGGUGAAAAUUGUCAAAAUAUCUUUCAAAUCAAGACAGUUUUUCAUCCAGCUACGAAAAGAAUCGACUAGGAGCAGGGAGACCCUUUUGGCCUUCAGCAUGGCGAACUACAGAGCAUGUAAGAACAUGUGGAAGGCCUGCGUUGAGCACCACACGUUCUUCCGGCUGGAGCGGCCUUUACCGCCCCAAAAGAACUUCUUCGCACACUACUUCACUCUCGGAUCGAAGUUCCGUUACUGUGGAAGAACGGAGGCUCAGUCGGUCCAAUACGGAAAAGAGCAAGGCGUCAAGAACAGAGUCUUCGCCAGGUCACCCAGCAAGCCACUGGUCAGAAGGCUGGUGAGUGGGACAGAUUGGGAGACGGUGAGCAGGAACUCUCUCUCAGAUGAACGACUGGAGACCCAGAGCCUGCCCAACCGCUCACGGCCCGGAUCGCCCAAUCAUUCCAUAUUCGCCGCGGAUGGCACCCGGAUCCGGCCUUCCUCCAUCGGGCAUCUGGUAGAUCACGUGAUCGAUGACUCGGCGUGCCAAGCGUUCACCAACCACAAAUCAGCAUCAUCAACACAGGCUAACAGCAUCAGCCUGGACUCGACCCCGUCUCCGGACAGUGCGAUCGACAGCCAACCGCCCGCUCUUCCACCAAAGCAGUCUAGGAAGAACCUGAUUAGUCACAUCAGCCAAUCCCGAUCCGAGCUGGAGCUUGACGACCAGGCCUCCGAACUCUACGACGUGCCUGUAGCUUCAGAUAAGAGCAUGAACGGCGCAGUUCCACAUGACAACCUCGUGCUGAUCAAAAUGAAGCCGGAUGAAAACGGGCGAUUCGGAUUCAACGUCAAGGGUGGCGCUGAUCAGAGGAUGCCGAUCAUCGUGUCUCGUGUCGCACCCGGAACCGUGGCUGACCUGUGUGUACCGCGACUUAACGAAGGGGACCAGGUGGUGCUGAUCAACGGGCGGGACAUCUCAGACUACACGCACGACGACGUGGUCAUGCUAAUCAAGGCCAGCUGUGAAAACCAAUCAGGAGAGCUCAUUCUGCUCGUGAGGCCCAAUGCAAUCUACGACGUCGACGAAGAGGAGGAGAAGCUAGAUUUGGAGCCGGAGUUCCAGUACAUUCCGGAAAGCUGCGGCUUGGAUCACUCGCACUCGGAUCCCGACGGAUGGAAAUCGUCCUUCCAGAUGCUGAGGGAAGGACUGAACACCGGCUCCGUGCACGCACAGUUCGACCAACUGUACCGGAAGCGACCGGGAAUGUCUAUGUCCUGUGCCAGGUUACCGCAGAACCUCUCGAAAAAUCGCUAUCGGGACAUUUCACCAUACGACGCAACUCGAGUUGUCCUGAAGGGGGCAGAGGACUACAUCAAUGCCAACUACAUUAAUAUGGAGAUACCAGGCGGAGGUGGCGUAAGGCGGUACAUUGCAUGCCAGGGCCCAUUACCUGGCACCUGUUGCGAUUUCUGGCGGAUGGUGUGGGAGCAGAGCGCCUCCCUGGUGGUCAUGCUCACCACGCAGGUGGAACGGGGCAGGGUGAAGUGCCACCAGUACUGGCCGAACGUCUCCGCCACGGGCACUUACGACAUCUUCCAGGUGUCCUGUGUGUCCGAGGACGGCAAAUCCGCGUACCUGCUUCGAGAGCUGACCCUAACGCACCUGGAGACUAAAGAAGAGAGGAACAUUUGUCAGAUGCAGUACAUGGCCUGGCCUGAUCACGGCGUUCCAGAUGACUCCACUGACUUCCUGAACUUCGUCAGCUUGGUGCGCAGCAAGCGUGGAGACUCCCAGGACCCUGUGGUGGUGCACUGCAGCGCCGGGAUCGGUCGCACGGGCGUUCUGAUCACCAUGGAGACAGCGAUGUGUCUGAUUGAGCGGAGUCAAGAUGUCUACCCGUUGGACAUCGUUCGGACCAUGAGAGACCAGCGAGCAAUGAUGAUCCAAACUGCAAGUCAGUACCGGUUUGUAUGUGAAGCCAUACUGAGAGUGUAUAACGAAGAGAUCGUAAAGCCUCUGGAUCCGCCGGAGUCGAGCGCGUGCGCAACCGAGGAAUAAAACUUGCAACCGUCCCUCUGUCGCCUCCUGGUGGACGACCCCUGCGAAAUUGGAAAACAGGCGACAAAAAGCACUAUUUGCACUUUAGAACAUAUGACCACUCGAAAAAGGGGGAUUUAGUAGAAAGGGGGCGGAAUGCAUCAGGGUGUUGCAUAAUCAUUCGCUUUGUAACGGUCGGGUAACGUUCAUGGCGGAAGGCGAAACCCGACGGAAAAACGCAGAAUGUGACUUCUUGCAGUGCCAUACACUGAAAUGAGCCGACCUGGAACAAAACCCUUGAAUCGCUCUGUUCCCACUGUUCAAUGCUAUUUAUGAUUUUACCGGGUUAAAGAGGCCCCCGUCCCCUGCCGUUUCGCCAUUUCAUUUCAUGGUACGCCAAGUCCUGUCUUUCCAAAGUCCUCGGGAAUUUUGCAGCAGGAAGUUUUCCUCGCGCCGAUGCUUCGGAAAACAACUCUUUAAAACGAGGGAAAAAAAAGGCACUCAUUCCGUAUAGGUUUGUGUCGAAUUCGUAUCAAGGUUUAGGCCGGCAGCUAAGGGUUUAUUCCUGUACUGUAUCCGGUGUGUGAAAUAAUGUGAAAACGUUCCUUUGCUAGCGAAAGUUCACAGUAACAUUUUCCCUAUGGUACACGACACGCCGGACCAGGAUUUGGCAUGACCUUUUAUUUCAUUUCUUUCAAGGCCACGGGUCAAACGAUGACGUCGCUAAAAUCCAUCAUAUAUUUGAACCCCGUGUGAAUUGCGUUUACCUGCUGCAUGUCGACGGAAAACUUUUGAGUGUGUUUGUACUACAUUUUUGACAAGAAAACGCUUUUUCUUUAGCAGACUACUGUUAUCUCACAAUAAAAAAAAGUCUCGCUGGAUAACUACA